AUGGAGAAGUGGAUGAACUUGAGAGACGAAGACUUAACGGAAGAAACAAAGACUCUAAUCUCUUCACUUUCUUCAGAGAAAGGGUACCUCGGUCGAAACCUCUGCAAGUACCAAGGCUCUUGGUAUUACUACAACUUUCUCCAAGGUGUUCUCAAUUUCCAGAGAGGUUUUAAGCCUCAAGACACUGAUAUUAUCGUCGCAUCGUACCCAAAAUCCGGCACCCUGUGGCUCAAGGCACUCACUGUCGCGCUUUUUGAGAGAACAAAGAACCCUUCUCAUGAUGAUCCUAUGAGCCAUCCUCUUCUAUCCAACAAUCCUCACAACCUCCUCUCAUCAUCAUCUCCAAGGUUGUUCUCUACUCACACGCCUUUCCACACGCUGCAAGUAGCUGUCAAGGACUCUCCUUGCAAGGUGGUUUACAUCUGCAGGGACGCGAAAGAUUCGCUGGUGUCACGUUGGCAUAUCGUUUGCAGGAGUCUGAAUAAAGAAGAGGACAGAACCAUUCUUGAGUCUAUGUUUGAGUCCUUUUGCAGCGGAGUCUGCUUGUUUGGUCCGUUUUGGGAUCAUAUCCUGAGUUACUGGAAAGCUAGCUUGGAAAAGCCAAAGCAAGUGCUUUUCAUGAGGUAUGAUGAGAUAAAAACAGAUCCUCAUGGUCAGCUCAAGAAACUCGCAGAGUUUUUGGGUUGUCCAUUUUCUAAGGAAGAAGAAAAGAACGGAUCUCUAAAUAAGAUCUUGGAGAUGUGUUCUCUGCCUAACCUGAGCAGUUUGGAGGUUAACAAGACCGGAAAGUCAAUCAAUGGCAUAGAGUACAAGAACCAUUUCCGCAAAGGGAUAGUUGGUGACUGGAAGAAUCAUCUAACUCCGGAAAUGGGUAGCAAAAUCGACAUGAUCAUGAAGGAGAAACUCAAAGAUUAUUCCGAGGUUUGGUUUGAAAAUGCAUUGUAA